CGUUAAUUACGCGUUGGAGAUUGGGUAACGACCGAGUAACUCUUCCUCUGAACCCUUCACUCAUCUCCAUCUCCAAGCAACAAAAUGGUCAAGGCUGUCGUUCUUGGUGCUGCAGGCGGUAUCGGUCAACCACUAUCCCUUCUGCUGAAGUGCAAUCCCCUCAUCACAGAGCUUAGUCUCUAUGAUAUCGUGAACACUCCCGGAGUUGCUGCAGAUCUUUCUCACAUCGCGACACCUGCUAAAGUCGCGGGCUUCUUGCCACCGGAUGAAGGACUGACGAAGGCAUUGACCGGUGCUCAACUUGUGAUCAUUCCUGCUGGUGUGCCGCGUAAACCUGGAAUGUCGAGGGAUGAUCUUUUCAAGAUCAACGCAGGUAUUGUGGAAGGUCUUGCUACUGGCAUUGCUACCACUGCUCCAAAGGCAUUCGUACUUGUCAUCUCCAAUCCUGUGAACUCCACGGUUCCCAUCGUCGCUGAAGUUUUCAAGAAGCAUAAUGUCUUUGACCCAAAGAGGAUCUUUGGUGUCACCACCCUUGACGUCGUUCGCGCAUCCACAUUUGUCGCCGAUAUUAUUGGCGAUCUGUCAAAGGCUCCCGAUGUUGUUGUUCCAGUUGUUGGUGGACAUAGUGGUGUUACCAUCGUUCCUUUACUCUCUCAAUCUUCCCAUCCUCUUCCAAGCGGAUUUUCAGGCGAGAAAUUGGACGCUCUUGUCAACCGCAUCCAAUUCGGUGGUGAUGAAGUUGUCAAAGCUAAGGACGGUGCAGGAUCCGCAACUCUUUCCAUGGCGUAUGCUGGUGCAGAGUUCGCAAUUAAGGUGAUCAAUGCCAUGAAAGGACAGAAGGGCAUUAUUGCACCUAGCUUCGUUCAUCUCACCGCCGACCCUGCUGGCGGUGAAGCUCUGAAGAAAGAGAUUGGCGCCGACCUUGAAUAUUUCUCUGCUCCAGUGGAACUUGGGCCUGAUGGUGUUAUCAAAAUCAAUCCUCUUGGCAAGAUUACCGAUGCUGAAAAGAAGUUAGUGGAAGCUGCUGUUCCUGAUCUCACGAAGAACAUACAGACUGGAAUCGCAUUCACCAAAAAGUCUAACUUGUGAAUGAUUGUAGUACCAAUGUAAACACUAGAUUCAAGUUGCUUGUUUACGCCCUCAUGUUUACGACCAUGCGGUAUCUGCGCGGAUAAAUACUGUACGUAUUACACAGCUUUUGGAAAAUCUUGCCCUUGUGAUGGGAUGUGAUGAGAUGAAUAUUAAUAAUAUA